AUGAAAGAAAAUCAGUUAAAAACUGGAUCAGAAUUAAAUCAAAUUUUAUCUCGAGAAUUAGAACGAACAAGUAAAAUAUUUGAAACAAGUGUAGAACGUCCAUCAACAUUAAAUGGUACGUAUGCAAUUGCACUAGCCUUUUUAAAAUAUCUUUAUCCAUAUACAUAUGGAUUUCGAUGUCUUAUGUCAACUGUUUAUUGGAUUAAAUGUAUCACAGAUAGAUGA